AACGAAAUGGACAAGUUGUACAUCGGUAUUAGAGCAGAAGAUAAGUCUUAUUGGGAAAGAAGAACUCCAAUUCCUCCUCAUGAUUGUAAAUACAUAAUGGAAAAAGUAACAAAAUAAUAUGUGACCUUAGCAUUCAAAAAUUUAAAUAGUAGUACAACCAUCAACAAAAAGAAUAUUUACAGAUGAACAAUAUUUGGAAGUUGGUUGUUUAGUUUAAGAAGACUUAUCUUAAUGCAAAGCAAUUGUUUGUAUUAAAGAAAUCCCACUUGAGAAAUAUAUAGAAGGAAUGACUUAUUUACAUUGGUCUCAUACAAUAAAAGCAUAGCCACAUAAUAUGCCUGCACUUGAUAUGAUGUUAAAGAAAAAUAUUAGACAUUUAGAUUAUGAAAGAAUUUAUGAUGAAAAGGUAAUCAUUAAAUUAAUAUUAUAUAGGGUGUAAAUACAACUGCAUUUCCAUAUGCAGGAAUAGCAGGUAUAAUUACAUUUUUGAAUGAAUAUGGAAAAUUUUUACUGAAAAGAGAUAUUGCCACACCAUUUUUAUAAAUAGGUCCAACAUAUUAAUAUUUUAAUAAAAAAGAUGCUUAUUAAGCUCUUAGUAUAGCAGGAUAAGCUAUAAAAGAAAGAGGAUUACCAAAGGAAGCUGGAUUACCAAUAAUUAUAGGUGUUUUAGGUUCAACAGGGUUGUGUGGUAAAGGUUCAAUGGAAGCCUUAUCUAAUCUUCAUGUUACAAUGGUUAAACCUUCAGAACUAAAAGAAUUAGUCAAUUCUCCUAAUGACCCAAAACAUAGAAGAACUGUUUAUGUUUGUCCAUUCAAAACAACUGAUUUAGUUAGACAUUAAGAAGAUUAUGAUAAAGAAUUUACUUCAUAAGAUUAUUACAAUCAUCCAAAUUAAUAUACACCUGUUUUCCAUACUAAAUAUUUACCAUACUUGACAAUUAUUGUUAACGACAUUUAUUGGGAUCAUAAAUUUCCUAGAUAUGUAACAAAUUCAUAAAUGAGAGUAAUUUUAAUUUAUUAUAAUUUUAGGAUUUAGUUUAAUCAGGAAAAAGUAGAUUGUAGGCUGUAUGUGAUGUUACAUGUGAUAUGGAAGGAUCUAUUCAAUUCUUAAAAAAAUACACAUCACCAGAUAACCCUGUUUAUUUUUAUGAACCAAUUUCAGAAACUAUUCAUGAUGAAUUUGAUUCUAAAUCACCUAAAGACAUUAUGUAUAUGUCAAUAGAUUUUUUGCCCUCUUAAUUACCUUAUGAUGCUAGCAUUGAUUUUGGAGUUGCUUUAAGAGAUAUUGUUCCUUAUCUUGCUUACUCAGAUUCAACUAAAUCUCUUGAAGAAAGUGGUUUACCAGUAUUUUUAUAAAAUGCUACAAUUACAUUACAUGGAUAGCUCACUCAUAAAUUUUAAUAUAUUACUCAUUUAAGAAAUAUAAAUGAUUAAUUAAAGGAAGCUGAAAGUUUCUAACCUAAAAAAGCUUUAAAAAAGGUUCCUUCAUAUUUGGCUAUUAAAUUGACUGGUCAUUUAUUCGAUACUGGGGCUAUAAAUAAAAUCUUGUCAUUAGUUUAAUCGUAUCAUAUUUGUUUAUUCUUUUAGUGGUUGUAAAUUUAACAUUGUAGAUAUUCAAGCUGGGUAAUCUGAUAAUUAAUAAACUUCCUGUUUGCUCUAAUUGUAUAGUAAAAAUAAAGGAUAGUUAAUGGAUGAGGUUGAUAAAGUAAUUCAACUAUGUGAGACCUUAGGAAUCUAAGCUGAGAUGGAAUGAUUAAUAAUAUUCAUAUUACAG